CAGCUCUAACCGCUGAGUUCUCCGGUUUCUGUUUUAACCGGGCUGUUAAAGCGCGGCGCAUGGAACGUCGGGGGAGAGGAACCGUCCGAUGAAGAUGUUUCUAUGGCCCCUGGCUCCGCCUCCUGAACCGAGACAAUGAACAGGGCCUCCAGCCUAUCAGGCGAGACGCUGAUAGCGUGUCACUUCCCACUGGUGCAGCUCCCUCCCUGGCAGCUUCCUGUCCAGGCUCUGUGCGGCUCCUCCAAGCGCCGGCUGUGUCCCACCGGCCUGACCCGCGCCGCCUCUCUCCCCGAGCGGGACUACCACCAAAGGGAGGGCGCCCCGCACGGCACCCUGCGGCACACCUCCAGCACCUGCUGCAGCCUGCAGGAGGACGGCGGCGAGGACGGCGAGGAGGACGAGGGCAGCGACAGCAGCAGCGCCCGCUGCGACUCCGCCUCCUCGCCAGACGAGGCUCCGCCCUCCGCCGGCUGCCUGAGGAAGUCGAGGAACUCCUUCCUGCCCAGCGCGGAGGUGGACGAGGAGGACGAGGAGGAUGAAGACAGCGACGGAGACAACCUGCACAGGUACCGGGAGGACUCUUCCUUUGUGCUCCACGGGAACUCCAACUGGGCCUCGAGCAACGCGGCAAGGCCCACCUCAGAACCGACUCAGUCCGGUGUCCGACGGAACAGCGCCCCUAGUACGGGGUGUGACCACGAGGGGGCGCCGUGCCCGCCGCGGCACGACAGCGGAGCCGAUGCCAUGUCGAUGGACUGUGAAUGCGAAGGUCAGGGCUGUGUCCGGGGCGGAGACGAGAGCGGCGAAGACAACACGCUGCGGUACGACGACGUAGCCUGCCGCCUCAGCUGUGACCAGACAUCCAGCUUCCCCGGAACCUUCUCCGACGGACAUCCGGACGACGCCAGCGACUCCUCCUGCGACAGCUCCGACGGCGUCCUCGUCAACUUCAGCACCAUCUACAAGAGGAGCAACAACCCGGACCCUUCGCAGCACCUGUGCAGCCCCACGCCGCGACGGGCCUCCACACCAGCAGAGGGCUCCAUCGUCCUCAACCUGGAGCCCUUCCCCGCCGGGUCUCACUACAGCCCCAGCCAGGGGGACGAGACCAGCUUCUCUCCCCAGGACGCGGUGCCCUCGGCCCCCGGCUGGUCUCCACAGGCGCUGGACUCCAACUGUAACCUGUUCCACCAGGGCCCCCAGUCUCCCCGGGCCCCUCAGUCCCAGGGCCUGUCCUCCCUGGAGGUCUCCGACCUCUCCGCCCGUCUCCAGACCCAGGCCGGCCUGUCCACGGGGCCCACCCAGAAAUACUACAAGCUGGUGACCUGCGACCUGUCCUCCCAGUCCUCCCCCAGCCCGGCCUGGUCCAGCCGGGCCAGCUGCUCUCCAGGGGAGACCCCCAACAGAGCCAGCCCCGGACGGCCGGACGAGUACUUCCUCUUCAGCAAGACCCAGGGAGCGCAGGCGCCGGGGGGGCGACAAGUCCGGCCUGAGUCACUGAGGGAUCUGAUUCCAGUGGUUCGUGUUCCUCGUGCCCAGCAGGAGAAGGAGCCACAGAAGGAGAGAAGGAAGUCCACACCGGUCCCGAACGGCAACGACUUCGACCAACCCCUGUGUGGAGGCUGGGACGCGGGGCACGUGGCCUCCUUCGCCGAGAUGAUCCACGCUUGGAGCCUGUGCUCCAGCCACUCCCAGGCCUCCAAGGACCUGUGCCCCAUCCAGGAGGCAGUUCCCCUGGGCCCCAGCCAAGCAGCUCUCCCUCCCAGCCGGAGCCCCAGCCAAGGAAGCAGCACUGUGACCACCCACCCAUCUGUUCUGCUGGAACUGGGCCAGGGAGAAUGCGAGGCUGAAGCCCAGCUGGAGGGGGCCUGUUCCAGGGACUCCCCUGUGGUGCGCUACAGUAAGGCCCAGAGGCCCACCUCUCUGCCCGUCCAGCCCUUCGUACUGCUCACCCCCCCAGGGACGCUCCAGCCCCUGGGCUCCCUGCUGGACCACUACAUCAGCCACAAGCACGCCAAACCUGGCGAUGACCAGCCCGCCGGCGCCCAGCCUGGCUCCAAGGGCAAGGGCACCCGCCUGCUGACCCACCUGAGGCCCUCUCCCCUGGGGAGCCUCGGCCCCAUCCUCCUGGAGGCCCUGUCCAGCUCUGACACCUGCUCCACCUGCACGCCCAGCCCAGAUCGUCUCCUCUCCAGAACCAGCUGGGCUCCCGGCCGCACAGGCCUGGGCCAGACCCACACUAGUCCAAACAGACAGCACAGCAGCCCCAGCUCAGGUGUGACCCACUCCAGCGCCUGUUACACUCAAACAGCCCAAACUCACACGGGCUCUAUCCCAGCCCGCCCUUAUCGUAGUAACAUCCAGUCGUCCAACACCCUCCUAAACCUGACCCAGCCCAGCCCAGGCAGGAUCCUGAACGUCCCUGUCGUACCCCAGCCCAGCCCAGACAAGAUCUUUAACAUCCCUCUGCAAACCCAGCCCAGCCCAGGCAAUGCUCAGAUCUGCUACAACCUCGUCCACCUCUCUCCCGUCCAGACUCACACAGGUCCGCCCGUGUCCUCCUCUCGCCCCCCAGCCGUUGUAGAAGCUCCCCCUCCAGCUCCCACAGACCCAACUUCCUCUUUCCACAGCCUGGCCACGGCCUCACCCUCCAGGGCCCCUCUGGCCUCCCUCGGCUCCCUGCUCUCCCUGGCCGGCUCUGGGCUGCCUCGCCUGGAGCCGGCCUGUCCUGGAGGUCAGGAAACAGGCCGGACUGGAGACUCCUUCACCAUGAGCGACCGUCCACCCGUGGAGUUCAGCCUGUCGCCGGAGACCUCGUACGAAUCCCUGUCCAUCAGUCAUCUGCAGAGGAGAGGUCUGUUGAAAGCGGUGAGCCUGGCAGUGGAUUUGAUCAUGGCUCAUUUUGGCACCAGUCGAGACCCUGAGGAAAAGAUGAGACUAGGCAACAGCUCCAGGAGUUCCACCAUCGGAGGUCUGGUUCUGGAACAUCUGUGUCCCACCAUCCAUAACAUUCUCCUGGAUGGCCUUAGGGAUCAUAAACUGGACCUGAUCAUUGGCCAGCUCCCCAACCACUCCUGGAGCAUGGUGGAAGCUUUCACACAAGCAGGCCCAUCCACCCGUGUGCUCCACAGCCUGGUCACCAAGGUCCAACAGUGCCCCCUCCUCACCAGCCACUGCAUGAGACUCAGGGCCUUCAUCAUGGGCCUGCUCAACUUGAGGUCCUUAGAAUUCUGGCUGAGUCACCUCCACAGCCAAAAAGACUUGGUCAUGUCUCACUACCAUCCCUGGGGUUUCCUAUCCAUGUCCCAGGGGCACUGCCGGCCCCUCUUCCAGGAACUUCUCCUCCUGGUACAACCCCUCUCCAUGCUGCCCUUCGACCUCAACCUCCUUCUGGAACCCCGCCUCCAGCAGAGCGGACAGCUGUGCUGCGAGGGGCAGUGUCUCCCUCCUCCUCCAUGCUCCACCUUCCUCCUGUCCAGCUGGCCUCUCCUGAGAGCCGACAUCCAGGAAGUGGCCCCCGCCUCCGGCCAGGGACCCAGAGACGGCAGCCAGGACGAACAGGACCCCCCUCGGCCCGGACCGCCCCUCCACGGUUGGUCCCAGGGGGGGAGGCGAGAGGUCGACCAGCAGGAGAGAAGAGAGAGGCCUCUGGAUGAGUCCGACAGGGGCCUGUGGUUGGCCCCCAGCCCGGGGUGGUGGCAGAGACAGCCUGCUCACGUGGAGGGGGUGGUGGGGGGGGAGGACUGCAGUCGGAACAACGUGAACAACCCUUCUGCGGCGCAGGGUGGAGUGGGGAAGAGAGGAGAGGAGAAGCUGCUUCGAAGGAGGGGCGAGGGAGAGAGGGAGACCUCCAGGGCCAGGGCUGACCCUGCGGGUGAGAGUCUGCCUGAGGGUGGGCUGAGGUGGGCCAAGCUGUUUGGAUCGAGGGUGGACUCCUCCACCAGGACACAGAGCGCGUCUCCAAGCUCCAGCAGGACUCCCGCUAGAAGGCGACCUUCUCACUGGCUGCAGCUGGACAGGUCUCAGCUGGGCCUGCUGGCCCAGUCAGUUUGGACAGGGAAACGUCCUGGACCAGGACCAGGGCCGGAAAGAGCACCAGGGCCAAGAACAAAACCAGGACUAAGACCAGGGCUAGGACCAGGGCCUCACACCAUCCUCCAGGGCCAUCCUCUCACAUAGACACGGCGUCACUAGGAUCACACCGAGCCUUCCAACAAAACAAAGAGCCACACACUCUUACCAAAAAUCUAGAACACAGCAUGGCAUGUUGUGAUGUCAUCACAAGAAACACCUAUUGUUUUUAACAAACAGGAAGAGAGUGAGACCUGAUGAUACUAGUGUUCUGAGCAUGGCUGAUGGUGUUUGCUAGAUCUUUUGUACUGUACGCAUUAACACCUUGUGGACUAACCACAUCCCUAUGAUUCCUGUAUUUGGAAGUGCUUACGUUUCUAUAACAUAGUCUAUAAUGUGAUGGGACUUCGGACUCUGUUUCUGAAAGAUACUCCCCGUGCACCUUGAAAUCAUCCUGUGAGAUUCUGCUGAGAAUAUACUGAUGUCAUGGGCUUGCCUUAGACAACUGAGAGAGACCUAUGCCCUUCAGAAAUAACCCAGAUCCUUGUCCAGAGAUGCAUGCGGUGUCCUCUUGUCUUCGUAUGAGUACACACCACUCCAAAGAUAAUCAAUCAAUCAAACUGCUAGAUGACUAAAGUUUGAUGGAUUGAUUGUCUGUGAUUGUUGUGCAUUCACAGACACCCUCCAGACCCAAAAACCUCCAGGUCUGCUCCUGGUCCGCAGGGAAUGACAGCUACACAGGCAGGAUGUAUUUCCUGAUGCCAAACACGGCAUGCACAAGCCUACCACAGUGGUUGAUCCUAUGUUAGGAUGCUGCCUUAGAGAAACACCCAGACAAAUCCAAUUACACGUUGCAUGGUUCUUUUUUUUUUUUCUUGUUCUUUUUUUCGUGUGCUAUGUGAAGAUAAAACGCUGGUAAAAUAAGGUGCUACUUUACUCAUGUGUUGUGUGGUUAUAUCUUCGUCAUCUCCCUACCCCAAUGGUGUUUUUGUAUGACAGAAAUGUUUUGUACAUAUUUAGGUUACUGUAUGUACAUCUAGAUUUGUGAAAUGGUUGGAUGAAUAGUGCUUCGAUUGGAGCUACUUUGCACAAAAAGUACAUGAAAAUGUACUCUUGCAGGUUGAUUUUGAGCUAAAGAAUAGACAACCAGCAAAGUG